GUUGGAAUUCAUACCAAGGCAUGGUUUAUUGCUGGAAUAUUUCUCCUAAUGACUAUACCAAUAUCCCUCUGGGGAAUACUGCAACACUUAGUCCAUUAUACUCAACCUGAAUUACAGAAACCAAUAAUAAGGAUUCUAUGGAUGGUGCCGAUUUACAGUUUAGACAGUUGGAUAGCUUUGAAAUACCCCAACAUUGCAAUAUAUGUGGAUACAUGUCGAGAAUGCUAUGAAGCUUAUGUCAUCUAUAAUUUUAUGGUUUUUCUUUCAAAUUAUCUAACCAACCGGUAUCCAAACCUCGUAUUAAUAAUAGAAGCGAAAGAUCAGCAGAGACAUCUGCCGCCUCUAUGUUGUUGUCCAUCAUGGGCUAUGGGAGAAGUUUUAUUAUUUAGAUGUAAACUGGGUGUUUUGCAGUACACUGUUGUCAGACCAUUUACUACCAUUAUUGCUUUAAUUUGUGAACUAGUGGGAGUGUAUGAUGAAGGAAACUUCAGCUUCAACAAUGCUUGGACUUACUUGGUUAUACUUAACAACAUGUCACAGCUAUUUGCCAUGUAUUGUCUGGUGCUGUUUUAUAAAGUACUACGUGAAGAACUGAACCCUAUCCAACCUGUUGGCAAGUUCCUUUGUGUGAAGAUGGUAGUUUUUGUUUCUUUCUGGCAAGCUGUGCUUAUUGCAUUGUUGGUGAAAGUUGGCGUUAUUUCUGAGAAACACACCUGGGAAUGGCAAAGUGUGGAAGCUGUGGCUACAGGCCUACAGGAUUUUAUCAUUUGUGUUGAGAUGUUCCUGGCUGCUAUUGCGCAUCACUACAGUUUUUCCUAUAAACCUUAUGUUCAAGAAGCUGAAGAAGGGUCAUGCUUUGACUCUUUUCUUGCAAUGUGGGAUAUUUCUGAUAUAAGGGCAGAUAUAUCAGAACAAGUUCGAAAUGUUGGAAGGACAGUUUUGGGCCAGCCAAGGAAAAUGUUUUUUGCCGAGGAUCAUGAACAAAAUGAGCACACAAGUCUGCUGUCUUCAUCUACUCAAGACCCAAUUUCUGAUGCUGCUUCAAUGCCAUCUUCACCCAUGGGUCAUUAUCAGGGGUUUGGACACACUGUGACACCUCUCACAACACCGACGACAGCCCCUGCAGUUGAUGGUAUUUAUAACACUUCCGCCAUUCGAGACGCUGAGGAGUCACCUGAACUGGAGCACAAUUUAUCAGAGAAAGCUUUGGAUAAAAGUUAGACUCACCUCUUCUUUUAAUGUGUCAAGGAGUCCUUUAUAUACUCGCCACACAUGUUCUAUUAACAUGUACUAUUAGUAGUGAUGAAAGUUGAAAAGCUUGGAAAAGCUACUGCGCAGACAAGAAGAGGAUAUGGCUGUAACUGGCAUCUGAAUUCUGAAUCUGU